CGGUGGCGGCGGCGGCGGUGGUGGUGGUGGGAGCGGGAGCGGUUGUGACGGCCGGCCGAUAGGCGCACGCCGCGGCGCGCUAGCCGCUCGCCAGUGCGACGCGCGCGUGCGGUCGCGUGGGACGCGCGUUCGCUUGCGCCGCGGUGAAGGGGCUACGCGCGGGUGACGCGGCGGCGCGGCCGUGCGGUUCGUGAUCGUGACAGUGACUCUACUUCUACACUUGGAUGUCGUGAAUGGGAAAUCUACGUCGUACGUGACGUGGCGAUCCAUCUGUGCUGUGUCGAGUGAUCGUGCUCAAGUUCGUUGGGUCGUUGCAUGACAGUGUGAAUGAAAUUGCUCACGGUUUCGCGUAUUGUGAGGUGACCACAGCUGGGGUUGGGGAUGACGCUGCUUUGUUCCAACUGUGAUAGUUCGUGACUGUGUCUGCGACUGCAUUUAAGUAUUUAGAGCGAAAUGACGUGCGUCGUGAUCGUGACGGCAAAUUUCCCGUUGUGACGUGUGAAACGUUUAUUAGUGAAAAAUAAGAUAACAUAAUUUCUUACGUCACUUUUAUAUUACGGAAAUAUACCCUAUUUUUUAGGUUAUGAGAUGUACGCCAGUGUAGCUUAGUGUGCCUUAGUCCAAAGUUAGGUACCCGAUACAUUUUAUUGCUUUGGGCACAUACGUUACCGAGAGAAAACACAGGAAGGGAGAUUCAAAUAACGAGGGGCGAUGGGAAUGGCUGUGGUGUAUUGACAAAUGUCACCAUGGGUUGUUGAAAUGGUGGACGCAACGGUGAAAGAAAAACGUCAAAGGUAAAAAAGGUUCAAAGAGAAAAUGAAAUAAUUUCACGAAUGCGAUUCUGCGGUGCCGAAGUACGCUGUAAAAGCCUGACACAGACAUCUUCACGCUUUGUGUAGUGUUCCAGGCAAAUGCAGCCACCCUCAAACGACGUCUGAGAAGACGGAAAGAAAAGCGCAGCUGUGAACAAUUUAAAUAAAAGUUAGCGAAGUAUUCCACUUACUUCCUUCAGGCGCCUUCAUAAACUUCAUGGCUCGUGGAAAAGGGGUCUGACACAACGCAAUUUUGCGAAAGACGAUCGAGUUUUUAAAGUUCCCAGCGUGCACUGAAGUGUCUGGUGGGUGUGUCUGGUUCUAGGAAGAUUCAAAGGCCACAUGACGCUAUAAGAGGAUAUGCAUUUGUUUGUGGUUAUGUGCGCGAAUGUGCAUUUUUAGUGUAUCCUCUCGCUCAAGUCAUUAGGGGAAGAACAGUAGAGAGCGUUUUGAUUACAAGUGAGAAACAUUCUGAAGGUCUACUAAAUACAAGGUUUAAUUCGAAACAGAAAAAAACAUUUUCGACACGUCUCGUCGGUUGCAAGUAACAAAAUCAAUCAAGAGCUGUGGGUAUUAUGUCCCGUAUCCAGCUGGAAUGUUUGAAAGAGUCGAGAACGAUUGAAAAAUAUUCUCCCCCAUAUUGUUUUCAGUUAUCUAGUCCUUGACUACGGGUAAGAAGACAUAGCCAACGUUCAUUGUACUAGAUGUAAGAUCUCGUCAUGUGUUCACUAAUCUAAGAGUCUUCCUGUGUUGCGUAAGAGGAUAAAGUUUAUCGCGAGAAACGGAAGUGUGAAGAUCUCCUGAAAGAAAGUAAGAACAUUUAGUGAAUUGUUAUCAAGUUUACAUCCUUGUGAGCCGCGAUUUAAUUGCCAAAUAUCAGUUUUAAUGCCAAAGUUUUAAAAUAAAGAGUAAAAAAGAGUGGGUUUAUUUUACCUGCCAAUAUUUUUUUCUAAUCAACGGAAGUUAUUGCCUACUCAUCAAAUUAUUGAGAAGUGACUCAGAGCUGUGUGGUUAGGGUACAGGAAGUACCAGCGUGUGCUUUCCCAGUCAGUGCAUUUCACGGGAAUCAAAAGCAGCAACCAAAGAUCAAGAGAUUGUGCUUAGAGUGUAAUUCAUCUAGGAGAAGCAGUCAGUUGGUGAGCAAGGUGGGAGGUAUACACAUCGCGUGUGCAAAUUGUAUGCAAAUCUUGCUUAUCGAAUAUCCAAAACUCUACUUGCGUGAAGGGAUCUGUGUUCAGGAAUUACGUAUCAGUGGAAUCAUAAAUAAUCAUUCAUCACCUUCUGUCUCAACAUGUCGGUAUAAAUCAUUAUUUUACAAAUGUUUAUUGCUCAACGCAGUGCGCACAGUUGAUUUGUCGUAUUCGUUCAAUCUCCAAAUACGUGGGGUGCAAGUUCGAUCGAAGUGUAACUCGAAUUGCAUUAGUUCGCGAACCUAGUGAUAUUUUCCUAAGAUCGACCAAAGUGCUACAAGAAUCACGGUAGUUCACAACUCGAGUGUUAGUGUGUACGCCCAAAAAUAUAUAGAUUUGGAAGUGUUCGAAGCGUAACAAGCGGCGUAUUCAGUGCGGUGCGGUGCAUGCGUGUGUGUCUGUCGGCGAUCCGCAUACCAGUGUGCACGCGGCCGUCGCGGGCGCGAGCGGAGACGGAGGAACAGGAAGAGGAGCGGCGCGGCGCGUGCGGCGAUGGCGGCGGUGGCGGUGACGUCAUGACGCGGGGGACGACGCCCGUGCCUCGGUCCGCGGCUGCGCUGCUGCUGCUGCUUCUGCUUCUGGCGGUCGCUCUGCAGAGCUCCUCCUCGGAGACGCAGGAGCGCAUCUCGGCGCUGCUGCCGGGCGACUUCCUCAUCGGCGCGCUCUUCUCCAUUCACCACCAGCCCAAGCAGAAGCGCGCGCCAACACGUGGUGUGCGCGGAGCAGAGCAUCGAGUUCAUUACCGCGACGCCAUCUCGCCCGCGGCGGCGGCGGCUGCCGGCGGCGGCCAGGGCGGCGCCGCGACGCGGACCAAGUAG